AUGGCGAAAACCAUUGCGAAAAAGAGUGGCCGCAAAUCCUCGACAGCGAUAAGAACAAGCUUAUCCGGCAAAGUCGUCAAGCCUAAAAGCAACGUCCGCGUCGGCGACCCGCCUCCCUUGCCGCCCAAGCGCCGUGCGAAACCAGGCGUGAAAGCCCUUAGGGAGAUCCAAAAGUUCCAGAAGACCACCGAGCUUCUGCUGCGAAAGCUGCCGUUCGCCAGGCUGGUCAAGGAGAUCGCCAAUGACUACACCAACGGCAAGCAUCUGGGAUACUCCACCGGCUUGGGGGAGCAGCUCAGGUUCCAGUCGCACGCUAUUCUGGCGAUGCAGGAGGCUGCGGAAGCGUUCCUGGUGCACUUAUUCGAGGAUACUAAUCUGUGCGCAAUUCAUGCGAAGAGGGUCACCAUCAUGGCGAAAGAUAUGCAGCUUGCGCGUCGGUUGAGGGGUGCUUGGGGUGGACUGGGAUAA